ACAGCCGCAUGAAAGUUAACAUGGUUUUUGCACAUUUAUUUCGUGUAUUCUCGUUGUUUUAAAACAUCCAAGAGUCUUCAGUGAUUGCCUAAGAGCUGUAGUCGUUACAGCUGACUAGACAACAUCACACUUAGCAGGCAGAUGAUGACACCUCGGUCGACUUACUACCGUGCACAGCUGACCGUGCAAUUUCAUACACUCAAUUUUAAGGGUUACACCUUAAGUACUCCUUAAAAAGUUGCAGUAGCUUCACUCGAUAAUCCCAAUAGUUAACAAAGCCAUGACCACCGAUUAUAAAAGGUAUUUUGAUCCUAAAGCAUACUUUGAAUGCUAUUUUGACGACCCCASAAAGCUGGACAUGUUUUUUCUCACAAAACAACAUCACUUUUGGAGCGAGAUUGUGAAAGGAGAAGUCGUGAGUUUGCUGGAGUAUGGAGCUGGACCAACUAUCUCAAGAUUCAUAAGUCCAUCCCAUUACGCUCAGAAUAUUGUUGCUGCAGAGUAUUUAGAAGCAAAUCGAAAAGCUCUCCAAGACUGGAUCGCUCAAGAGCCACAAGCCUUCAACUGGAGACCGUCGUUUGAGUAUGUCGUACAGACUUUAGAGGAAAAGUCAUCUGAAGAAGUCGAYAAAAGAGAAUCUGAAGUCAGAGAAAAGAUCAAAGCUAUCGUCCCUUGCGACGUUAAGUCACCAAACCGUCUUGAGAUUCCUACCGCCUCUAAACAGUACGGUCCGCCAUUUGACGUCGUAUCCACUUGCCUUACCCUUGAAGUUGCAGUCGAAAGUGAAGAUGAGUAUAAAGAUGCAGUUUCAUUUCUCGGAAGUCUGGUUCGGCCAGGUGGAUACCUUGUCCUUAUUGGCAAACUGGAGGGUUCGUAYUACACAGUCGGCGGARAAAAGUUUUACAGUUUCCCACUGACAAAGGAGAUGGUUUUAGGGAGUUUGAGAAAUGCUGGUAUCAAAGAUGUGGUUUACGACUCUACUGGUGAGGAAUCCUAUUGCGACUUCGAAAGCGAGGCACGUCGGUUAGAUCUGUAUCAAAGAAAGGAAUUCUUCUUCGUCUAUGGAAGAGCAUAAGCAUAAGCCCAACUAUAUUACUCUGACAUUGAACUGUUAAUCAAGUGUGCAUAUUAAAAUUUUAGUUAAAAUGUCUUCUGCCUAACGUCCUCCUGCAGGUCCCUCCACCUACUGAUGCCAGUGCCCAUGGUUUCAAAUGCGUGGAAUUUGCAAUAAAAAAACAUUAAGAAACGUUAUGCUCAAAGUAAAGUAUCAUGUCAAUGAAAAUAUGUAGUUGUUAAAAACACCAAACAUUUCCCUCAUYUCUGUUAUUCAACCGACUGUGUCCAUGAAUUGUAGUAUUAUAAUCAAUCGUGCAUAUGAUUAUUAUUCUUAUAAAAAAAACA